AUGAAAAUGCGAUUCCCGGGUGGCAUAUCAAAAGAAAAGGAGGCGUUCACCGGGUCUGACGUUUCGGGUAGUCGUUUCUUCUACCCAUCUUCAGAGACUGAGCAGUCGUGCACACAGCUUUCCUUUUUACGGCGCACUUUGUCCAAUGCCUGGCCCAUCAAUGCCGCCCGAGUGGUCAAACUGGAUGAGAUGAAGCUCCUCCAAAAACUCUUCAGAGCCAACGGCUAUCCGCGAACAUUCGUUGAACGGAGCCGAAAGCAACCAAGGAUGCGGAAUGAAGAACCUAUUCAGCCAAAAUCGUGGCGGAGCAUUCCAUACAUGAAAGAGGUCUCCGAAGCCGUAGCCAGAUCCCUCGCGCCGUUCGGAAUAGGCGUUGCCCACAGGCCCGACUCAACAAUCCGACGGCAAAUGAUGCGGCCAAAAGGCCCGAUCCCUAAACAGGAGAUGUCGGCUGUUGUCUACCGACUUCAGUGCAGCUGCGGAAUGUGUAACUACGUUGGGGAAACCGGCCGACGGCUGCAAACGCGCAUGCACGAGCAUAAGUUGGCCGUGCGAAGGUUGGACCCAAAGUCGGAGGUAGCAAACCAUGCCGCCCAAAUGGGACACGUUUUCAACUUUGACGCCGUUGAAAUUGUGGGCCGAGGUGAUGAUCAUACGGCAAGGCAGGUGGAAGACGCCUGGAUGUCUACAGACUGCUCUGUCAACCGCCACAUCAAUUUACCUCCCCCUUAUCUGGUUUUACGGACAUUCUUGACGGGGGACAGUCACGGCGCAGGACAAUCGGGGCCGCCAAUUAUCACCGCGGCCGACGAAGAUGGGCGGGAUUCAGGUCACGGUGACAUGCGGGUCGGAUGCAGCCACAUAGGCGGCAUUGAUGGGCCAGGCAUUGGACAAAGUGCGCCAUAAAAAGGAAAGCUGUGUGCACGACUGCUCAGUCUCUGAAGAUGGGUGGAAGAAACGACUACCCGAAACGUCAGACCUCAAAUACACCUCUCCCGGUGAACGCAGUACAGCUCACUUGUUAGCCGGGAAUUGGUCUAGGUUAAUUACGGUCGUCUUACUAGCUAGACUGAUUUGCAGGACACGACUAGGAGUACGCUUCAUAUUGCAGGUGGCUAAACGUUAAAUUCCAGACGGUUUAGGGUUGGGGAUAGAGUUUGGAAUUGGGGAUGGGUAGCCCCUGGGAGUUGGCGCGGGGCCGUGUAAUAGGAGGUAGGGUUCUUACCGUAUCCAACCAAGUGACUCAUUACUUCUCAUGAUUGAUUGGAUUGGGAUGACAGAAAUGCAGCACUUGGGAUUUCUGUUGGGAAUCGAAAAAUGAGAGAUCCAAACGAUGGCAUUUUCAGACCAGUAAUAUUUAAAUUUACGGAAAAUCGAGGGAAUAAGAUUCAAAAACAAAUGUUGCCUCGAAAAUAUUAGCCCGUUUUCUGUUGUUAAAUAUGUAGAGUCUGAAACGACCCCGCAGCCUAAUUUGUCAAUACUUGGCUAAGCAAAACAUGGGAACAUUUGUGACUGGAAGGUAUAAUAAACCCCAUUAGUGCUGCCGCAUUUGUCCCUGAUUACGAGCACUGGGGACUUUUGGUGUUUGUUUACACUAGCUUGGCAUUUACAGUCUCUUUUCAGAGCUGGGUGCAUUCCAAUCAGUUGGGAUGUCCUGGCUAGUAUUUAUUGGCGAGAUUAGUUAGAUGUUCAUAAAUAAGCAUCGGGACCUUGCUAUCGGAAAAUUGGCUGUACUGGACAGUUUAAACACGAAAUCUCGAUUCGAGGGCUUAAAGCCCGCCACUAAAAUGCACCAUGCGGUAGAUAGAGUAGAUGUGCUAACUCAUGAAAUGUCAACCAAAAUUUCGAAAUGCGUUAUCGUCUCGAAAAGAUAAAUUAAGUAGAGUUAUAAAAUUAAUCAUGAUGCAGCAUAAAUCUAUAAUGAUCCAGUUACCUCAGGGGGUCAGCUUUCGAAGGAAGUUAUUUUCGGCUGAAUGCAAGAUAUAUACUCUGCAGAAAAUGACUACUUAAGUAGCGUGCAAUUUUCUCAUUGAUUUUCGAUACCCUUGAAUAUUCAAUUAUAUUUCACGAAAAACAAGUAUAAAAGUAUUCAUUCUUUUACUUAUUCGGUAGAAAAUCACGUCUUCGUCCAAUUCCAUACUCAAAAGAAGAGUAUAAGUCGAUUUUAAGGUACUUUUCUAAUUCCCGAAUAAUAUUGAACCCGACCUGCUGUUACACUUGCAGUCAGGCUUUCGAAACUACAAGCUGCAUAUUUCCGUGUACGGAAAACCAUGCAUUUCUCUACGGUGUUAAGAAGAGACCAUAUAAGGUUCAUAAAAUCAAGCAGCCGAUUUGAGCAACAUUGUUAACUUUGCAAGCCACAUUCGUAAAUGCGGAUACAUGACGUUUCAUGAACGGCCAUUUAAAGGUAUUAAAAAAUCUCACAAUUAGAAUCUUUUUAAAAACCGAAUUAUACUCUUCUUUUGAGUAUGAAAUUGGAAGAAGACUUGAUUUUCUACCG